AAGACGUUGGUUUCUUAAUACAGUGAUGCCUCGAUGGAGAGCCUUCUCCAGACGAUACCUACGACGGUCCAGCACGGUCGCCCAAGCCCUCGUCCUGUCCUUCGUCACGUUUUGUGUUGUUCUUCCUCUGUGCUGCAAUCGGCUGCUUUACUCCUACUUCUUUAUCAAGUUUCUGUACCUGGACUCUAUGAGUGAUAGGGCCCUGCAGGAAAGCCUCCUCCAAGGCCAGGACGCUCUACACUUCUGGCAGAGCACGGCCUCCACAGCGGAAAUGUCCAACAGAUUCACUGACAUCACCCAGCAUCCUGAACUGCUGGUCAUCGUUGUGACAGCCAGGCGAAAUGCUGGGCGGGACUCCCACUACCUACUCCAGGUGAUGAAGCAGCUGAGCAGCCUUCUGGGAAGCUGUGGGGAUCAGCGGUGUGCAGAGGUGUUAGUCUGCGAUGUGGAAAGUAGUCCGCAGGGAAACCAGGAUGCCAAACUGCUGGAGAAUCACUUCCAGGUGAUCCGGCGUUCACCUGAGGAGCAGAGGAUGAACACGGGGUGGGUCAACAUCUUUGAGAAAGAGAAGAGGGACUAUGUCUUUUGUCUCCGCAAAGGGUGGGAGCUGGUGAAGCCCAAAAACAUGAUAGUCCUGGAGGAUGAUGCUGUACCCACACAGGAUUUUUUCACAGCCAUAAAGGACUUGCUGUCUCGUCGUUUUGCCCUCCAGACUCUGUACAUAAAGCUGUACCACCCUGAGAGACUGCAGCGCUACUUGAACCCCGAGCCUUACCGUAUCCUUGAGUGGAUUGGACUGGGCUUGGUCGGAGCCACAGCCCUCCUCCUCACCCUUCCCUACUGGAACCCUUGUUCUUUCUCCUUCAAGCUGUCCGUGAUCCACCUUGUCUUUUUUGCACUCUACUUCAUGGCUGUGGCCGAGCUGCUGGGACGGCACUACCUCCUGGAGGUCCGUAGACUGAACCCCCAGCUCUAUGCCGUCUGCCCGGCCACUGAGUGCUGCACCCAAGCAAUGCUUUAUCCUGGCAACACCUCUGUUAGGGUGGCGCAGUACCUGGACACCUCAUUCUGUAUGCAGGGGCACGCCAAAGACAUAGUUCUGUAUGAUAUGGCGAGGAUGAUCCCAGGGGAAAGGGCUCACAGUGUGGAACCAAACCUCGUCACACACAUCGGGGCCUAUUCCUCACUCAGGAUCAACCCGCCUAGACCCAAACUUCUCUGA